AACUGUCUCAACACGGGAUUUUGGUAAGAAGAUGAUCAAAAUUUAAGACUCUCAACCAUAUAUACUCUGCAAGUUCAUCUCUAUAAAACUCUCCUUCAACCCUCCACUUUUGAUCACCAAAUUAGUGCCAUCUUGUAUGUCUUAACUGUCUUGACACGGUUGGUAGAUGAGAAGAUGAGCAAAAUUUAAGACACUCCACCGUCACUUGCACUUAAUUACACCUCUAUAAACCUUCCUUCAACCCUCCACUUUUGAUCACCAAAGUGUCAUCUUGGAGUAGCUUGCUGUCAGAACUUGGCAAGAUGGCUUCUAAAUUGCUUCUGUUUUUGCUUUUUAGUGCUCUAGUUUGCUCCACCAGUGCUAGGAAACUUGUAGAUGGAAAGGGUUCUUUUGAGGACGAGAAAACUUUUUUUCACGGCCCCAAGUUUGGUGGAGGCCUAGGCGGCGGUGGUGGAGGUGGAGGUGGGUUAGGAGGUGGAGGAGGAUUAGGUGAUGGAACUGGAUUUGGUGGGGGUGCUGGUGGUGGGGCUGGAGGUGGAUUAGGAGGAGGUGGAUUAGGAGGCGGCGGCGGAUUUGGAGGUGGUGGAGGAGGAGGAAUUGGUGGGGGUGCCGGUAGCGGUUUUGGUGGCGGGUUUGGAGCUGGUGGUGGCCUUGGAGGUGGAGGUGGAGGAGGAUUUGGAGGAGGAGGAGGUGGUGGAGCUGGUGGUGGGUUCGGUGGUGGUGCUGGUGGAGGACUUGGAGGUGGAUGGCCUUAAAAAACGAUCAUAUUUAUUCCAAAUGUAUUAUCUAUUGCUACUACUUAAUCAUAGCUUUAAUGGAGCAUAUGUUAAGACAAUAUCUUAAGCUGUACUUCUCUUCUGCUGCUUGUGUAAAGCACAACUGUCGAUUAUUUAUAUCUGGUUUCAGUA